AUGUUGAGAUGGAAAACGAGUUGGAAGCAAAAAAGGAAAGACGACCACCAACGAACCAACACGCCCAACAAAAAGUCUUCCUGGUCUUACUUGCGGAUCUCCAAAGACAUCAACGACCUCAGUAUCCCGAUGACUUGUGCCAUCGACUUUCCCACCGCCGAUGACCUUUUCAAUUUCAAACUCACCAUAACCCCAGAUGAAGGAUUCUUCAAGGACUAUGGCAUCGCUUUCAGCUUCGCGGUUGGUCAAAACUACCCAUACGAACCACCUAAAGUGAAGUGUCUGACCGAGAUUUACCAUCCGAACAUCGACUUGGAGGGCAAUGUGUGCCUGAACAUCCUCAGGGAAGACUGGAAACCUGUACUCACCAUCAAUUCCAUCGUAUACGGGCUGCAGUUUCUUCUCCUGGAGCCCAACCCUGAAGAUCCCCUGAAUGAAACAGCAGCCACCCAGUUGAAAAUGGACUCCAAGGGAUUUGCUUCGAAUGUCCGGAGAGUCAUGGCGAAGGAGAUCCGAGCUGCUGAUGUUCGAGCACUGUCGCAUUCUCUCAAGUUUCGCCAAGUGGAUUAA